UUCGGUCUUCCCCUUCCCCUAUCUUCAUCUCGUUUAUAUAUAAAGCCCUCAUUUUUUUCAAUUCUGAAGAAAGUUGCAAAAUCAAUCAAAUAAAGUAAUUAAACUUUCUUCCCCUAUCCACUGAUAUAUUCUGCUCCAGUCAAUCUCAAGAUUUAUAAAUUCAAGCCAGUAAUCAAUCUCACUCUCUUUGUGUAUGCCAACAUGAAAGCUACAAAAGCAGCCGCAACUAAAAAAACACCGGCGGGAAGGAAACCUGCCGCUGCCAAAGCCGCUCCUGAUUCUGCCACCGAGGAGACACCGGUUCCAAAAACCCUAGGCUACGCCAAGCAGACACAAAAUAACGACAUGACACCGUUGCCAACUACCGGUUCUGAUUCAAAACUUGAACAAUCACCAGUUGAAGGAAACAAUAUACAUAUGGACGUGAGCAUGGCGACGCUGGAUACUACGAAGCCACUUCCGAUUAAGAAGAAGGUUGUGAGGAGAGUGAUCAAGGUAGUGAAGAAAACCCCUGCUAAUGCAAAAGCUCUUUUGGAGCAAACCUCGACAACUGUGGUUGCUGCGAAGUCUAAUGUUGAAGAAAGGGAAAAGGAGGAGGAACUUGCUGUUGAUAAUGUUGGAGAAUCUAUAAAGAAGGAAGGACUUGCAAUGGGAGUGGAAGAAUCUAAGGAGGAAAGUGUGGAAGAACCUGUAGUCGAUUCUAGGAAGGAGGUUGAAGCGGUUAAUGUUAGGGUUGGGGGGUCUGUUAAAAGGGAACGAACUGUGGUGGAUAUACCUGCUGAUGAGGUUGCGGAGGUAUCUAAGAAUGAAGAACCUAACAGAGUGGGAAAGGGGGUUAACGAGGGUGAGAAGAAAGACGUGGGCGAUGAAGUGGAGGCCAGAAAUGAGGCUGUUAAGAUGGAAGGAAGUAUGGAGGAACAGGUUCGAAGAGAAGAGACUCAACACGAGCAAGAUGAGUAUGGUGGUGAUGACGGUUAUGAGGAGUAUGGAGAUAGAGUGGACUUUGAAGAUCCUGUUGAGGAUGACUUUGAAGAUCCAGAUGAGCCUGUUGAAGAAGCUGAUGCAAUGGAAGAGGAACACAGAGAACUAACAGCUGUUGCAAAGGAGCGUAAGAUUAAGAAAGAAUAUGAGAUAUUUGUUGGUGGAUUGGAUAGGGAUGCUACAGAGGAGGAUUUGAGAAAGGUUUUUGAGAAGAUUGGUGAAGUAGUUGAAGUUCGAUUACACAAAAAUCUUUCAACAAAUAGGAAUAAGGGAUAUGCAUUUGUGAAAUAUGCAAACAAGGGGCAUGUGAAACGCGCUUUGUCUGAAAUGAAAAACCCUGUGAUUCGUGGAAAGCGAUGUGGGACAGCACCAAGUGAGGACAAUGAUACAUUGUUCUUGGGGAAUAUAUGCAACACAUGGACAAAGGAAGCUAUAAGACAAAAGUUGAAGGAUUAUGGCGUUGAAGGUGUUGAGAACAUCACUGUUGUACCAGAUGCUCAACAUGAAGGGAGAAGUCGUGGUUUUGCAUUUCUUGAGUUUGCUUGUCAUACUGAUGCAAUGCUUGCUUACAAGCGGCUUCAGAAGCCUGAUGUUGUAUUUGGUCAUCCAGAGAGAACUGCCAAAGUGGCAUUUUCUGAACCUAUACGUGAGCCUGACCCUGAAAUUAUGGCUCAGGUGAAGACUAUAUUUCUUGAUGGCCUUCCUCCUCACUGGGAUGAAGACCAUGUUAGGGAUUGUGUGAAAGGUUAUGGGGAGAUUGUACGAAUUGUCCUGGCACGGAAUAUGUCAACCGCCAAGAGAAAGGAUUUUGGAUUCGUCGACUUCUCUACGCAUGAAGCUGCAGUCGCUUGUAUUGAAGGAAUAAAUAAUAGAGAAUUUGGAAAUGGUAACACAAAGAUGAGAGUUAAAGCGAGGCUGUCAAAUCCAUUGCCAAAAACUCAGGCUGUGAAAGGUGGAAUGUGUGGUGGCUUUCGAAUUGGUCAUUCUGGAAGUGGAAAUUAUUUAAGAUCUGGAAAGGGUUUUGGGCGGGGCGGGCAUCAUUCAAACUGGGUGAAUUUUCAACGUGGUAGGGGUUUCUAUCAACGAGAACUUGGUCAAACUAGUAGAAUGGGUCCCCGUGAGUAUGACUAUAAUGAUCGAUAUGACAUGCUUCCUGGGAGGCAAGGAGGAAGAAGGGGUUCUUUCAGAGGAGGUUAUCAAACAGCUACUAGAGGUAUGGCUGCUGGGCCAUCAAGAUCUAAUAUCAAUCGAGCUUGGCACGAGAUCCCUGAGCGAGGACAUAGGGGCUAUGUUUCUUCAAGGGGGCAACCAUUUUCUCCUGAAGAAUCCUUUGACAGACGUUUCAAUGGAAGGCACUUUGAUGACCCCUAUUUUUAUGAUGAUGGACCACAUGGGAUGAAGCGGCCAUUUUACAUGACUGACCAAGAUCCUGACUACAUGGAACCUAGUAGGCUUCGACCCCGGUUAGAUUACUCUGAUCCUCGAUUAGAUUAUGUUGACCCAGCAGCUUCAUUUCGUGGGACACAUUAUCGCGAUACCUAUGGAGCAGCCAGUGAUCCCUACUUUCAUGAAUAUCGUGGUUCUGAUUAUGCUUCAUAUCCACCUUAUUAUGGGAGCGACCAUUCAUAUGGUGGUGGUUACCGCUAUUAGGCACAGUCAAAUCUGGUGGGCUUGGAAAACCAGGACGCUAAAAAUUGAUGAUAGGCAAAUGGCUUGGUGUUCAGAAACUAGUUGAAGUUGCCUUUACUCUAUCUUUUCCUUAUCUUGUAUUGUUCUUUGUGAUUCCCUUCAAAUUCUCUCCCUGUGAAAAUUUUCGUUGCAGUAUCCGGAGACUUUUUGUCUAGUUUAGGGUAUAUCUUCAAAGGGCAUAGAUUAAGCAAGUAAAAUUCUCUCUAUAUUUUGGAGAUUGGAAUAGAUAUUUAUCCCUUUGAUCUAGGCAUGAACUGCUUGAGGACUUACAUUAUGAGGUUGUUCUAUAGUUUAGUUUUUGGUUCUGUUUAUGUUCCUGAAUUUUGGAUGAAAAAUUGAUGCUGAUGAUGUUUAAUUUUGAAGCCAAAACAUAACAGAUUGGUGACUAUGGUUUAUGGAAGUGCAAAGUUUCAAAUCAAGGUUUUUCUUGUAGUGAUGGAGGUGAAGCAGUUAAUACUGAGCAUGCUGGUUCUAGCUUUGUGGAGAUUUCUUGAAAUUUUUGAAAGAGAAAUGGAAAGGUUUAGACCUUCUAUGCCUAAUUUAUAGGAAUUGUAAAUCCAAAUCGUAACAUCUUGUGUGGCUUUAUUUUGAAAAUUGGAAGGGAUUUGUGCCCCAUAAAACUUAAUGGUUAUUUAGUAUGCCAAUGACUGGUUCCCUUGGAUAUGAUCUGGCUGUUCAUUCAACAUAUAUGCACCUAUUGCCAAAGCAAAACUGCUGGGAAUUGCAUUUUAUUUGAAGGUGCAUUGCACCGAAGAUGAAAUUAAGAUUUUGAACACAUUUCAUUUAAUUAUUAUUUUACUAGGAGAACUAGCAAUUGGCUUGGUCCAUAAUAUAUUUUGAUUCGUCAGUAGCAUAAGAUUUAUGUAUUUUGAGAGUGAUCCUUUAUGGUAUCUUUACAUAACAGAAUCAUUUGUUGGGUUGAGAUUGAAACUGACAGUUUGUGUGGUGAUAAGAUCUGUCUUUCAAGGUGAAUUGAUUCGUAAGCUUAAACUGUCACUUAUUGUGAUAGUUACUGUUUACAAGCUUUGGAUUGAUGGAGAAAUGGCAUUGGUGUGCCUACAAGAAAAUAUAUGAUGGUGUUUCAUAUGUGCCUCUUAAACUUCACUGGUUGAGUUGUGUUUCAAAGCUUACAAGCAUUUUUCAAUGGUGGUAAUGGCCUACAGUUCUCUGUAUCACAAUGAUACGUGGCAUAGAAUCCUAAAUGUGGAAAUUGUGGUUAUAAAGAUGAAGGUUCUUAUAUUAUGCUCAAUCAUGUUGUAGCCCAUGCUAAAGUUGUUUUAGAUCCUUGAUAAUCCAAAUAUUUGUUGAAUGUUUAUGCUCUGCCAUGUACUUAGAAAGUGGUAGCUGCCAAUUGCAAUGAGGUGUCCCGACUUGAAACAAUGAUUAAGUCCUGUAUUUCCUGUUAGGAUAUUGUUAUAAUGAUGAAGUUGAUUGUGCAAGUUGGGAUUAUACUACCAUUCGGUUACUUUUUUUGUUUUGUCAGAAGUGCAGGAAAUAAUAUUUUGAAUCAUAGAGAUUGCAUUGAUUUUAGUGGGGCUGGGAGUUGAUUUAUGUUUGUUGUCAAUUGGUUUCCUGUAGAAAACUGUGUUAGAAUAUGCAUUGACCUUGGGAUUUCCUUCAAUCAAAACCAAAAUAUUAGGUAUUUCCUUGUUGAUAAAUCUUUUAUUUUUUUGCCUCAAAUUUUUCUUGUCGGGCAGAUAUGUGGAUCUGGUGCCAUUUUGUGAUAAUACUUGGUUAUCACUUGGUGGUUAGGAUUUUGUAUUUCUGUAUUAGAAGAUAAGAUGCUCCAUGCUAUAAAAUGAUUCCAUUUUUAGAAACUGUACUUGCAGCAGACACAUGAUAGUUCUACCAAAAAAUGGGAGUAGCCUUUUCUUUUAAUGUUGGAGGUAUGUUGAUGACUGGUUAAUUUUUGCCUAUUUA